GUCGCGAAGAAGAUUCGGACGCAUGCGCAUUGCGCUAGUAGUGAGUAACAGCGAAGUGGACGGUAGCGGGGCGAAGUACGUGGCAUAAAGCUUUCGAUAUGGAGUUAGUCGCACUGGUCGCCCUCACAUUGUUACUGGGUGCACUGGUUGUUCUGGUUGCAUUGGCUGUGGGCAGACGGAAAGAAGAAAUACGGGAGGAAAUAGAGAAGGCAGCGGAGUUUGCCGCUGAAGGCAGUGUUGCGAAAGGCCCUGCAUCCAGAAAACCGAAGCAGGAGAAGCAGCGCAGCCGCAAGGACAAAGCCUCACAGCACACGUUCAGCCAUCCACUGUUGGCAGCCUCACUGAAGAACCACAGCGGGAAUGUGACAUGCCUUGAUUUCAGCAGUAACGGGAAGUAUCUUGCAUCAUGCGCUGACGACCGCACUGUCCGGAUCUGGAGCACGAAAGACUUUCUGGAGCGGGAACACAAGUGUCUGAGGGCCAAUGUGGAACUGGAUCACGCCACACUCGUCCGCUUUAGCCCAGACUCCAGGGCAUUUAUCACCUGGUUGGCGAAUGGAGAUACUAUUCGAAUCUUCAAAAUGAUGAAAAAGGAGGACGGCACUUUGAGCUUCAAAGCUGCUCCUGAGGACUUCCCACAGAAACACAAGGCCUCCAUCCUCAACAUUGGCAUUGCAGAGACGGGCAAGUUCAUCAUGAGUGCCUCCACUGACACUACCAUUCUAGUCUGGGACUUGAAAGGAGAGGUUCUUGCCUCUAUCAACACUAACCAGAUAACCAAUUCUUAUGCUGCCAUCUCCCCAUGUGGCAGGUUCGUUGCCUCAUGUGGCUUCACUCCAGACGUGAAGGUGUGGGAGGUUUGCUUUGGGAAGGGAGGAGAGUUUAAAGAGGUGGUGAGAGCUUUUGACCUGAAGGGCCACUCUGCAGGAGUUCAUGCAUUCGCCUUUUCCAAUGACUCUCACAGAAUGGUUACUGUCUCCAAAGACGGCACGUGGAAGUUGUGGAAUACAGAUGUGGAGUACAAGAAGCAGCAGGAUCCAUACCUCCUGAAAACAGUCCAUUGUACAUCAUCUGAGGGUAGUCUGGUUGCCUUGUCUCCAGACGGCCGGGUGGUAGCCAUCAGUGAUGGCUGUAACAUAACCAUGUUCAACGCUACCAGCGGUGAGCUGGAGGAGGAGUUCCUAGGCAUCCACAGCGAGGAGAUCACAGACCUUAGAUUUGAUAUCAACGGACGCUACUUGGUUUGCAGCGGCGACAAGGCUAUCCGAGUGUUUCACAAUGCCCCGGGCUACCGAGCAGCCAUCAGAGACAUGCAGGACAUGCUGAAGAAGGCCCAGAAUGAGGGCAUGAAGCAGAGACUGCAGCAGCAAAUCAAAGAGGCUCAGAGCACCCUGGACACAGUGCUGGCUGGUCCCAUCGACUAAAACAGCCGCAAGAAACUACACUCUGAUUGUGAUGUCUGACUCUUGACUGAUAAUCUGUUUUGCAACCUCAGCUCUCUCUCUGCCACUAAAUCUGGUCUGGAGUAAUGGAAACUGCAUGCAGUUUUAAUAAAGAAUCUUUUUAAGCAAAGAUAA